CUUUUUUUUUUGCUUUUUUUUUUUUUGAAAAUAGAUAAUAAAAAUAUAUAUUUGAUUAAAAAGAAUUAUUCACAUAGUGUACAAGAUUAUUAUCUUUGGAGGAGAAAAGGAUAGAUUCAAGCUGAAGAAGUAUUUUCCAGAUUGCCCACCUUACUGAAAAGUAAGAAGGAAGUUUAAAGGUUAAAUCUAUCUGUAUUUCACCCUCCAAAUAACCUUACUUUGUUUUUGUUUUUUCUAAUUCAGAUUUAUUGUUUUAUGUGAUUUGUAAUGUUGGUGAUUGAUUGAUGUUUUUGUAUGCUUAUAUAUUUGGCUUUCUUGAUUGUGCUUGUUGAGAAAAUUUUCUUUGAUAAAGAAGGGUAUGUUUAGGGUUUGAUUGAAGAUGAAUUUUCUUCUUUUUCAUGGGUUUUACGGGAUUUUGAGAUGGGUUUUAAGAAUUUUUUAAUGGGUUUAAAGAAUUUUUGUUGCCCAAUUUGAAUUUUAGUUCUAUACUUAACUCAUUUAAUCUUUUUGGUAGUUGGUGAUUUCUAGAAGAUCAAGAUUGGAUCUUGCUUUUGUGGGCAUAACUUUUCCUUUUUCUUAUGUUGAUUGGCAAUUGGCUUCUUCUUUGUCAACACAAUUCUGGGUACUUUAUUGAUUUUGACUAGACUGAAAUUGUGGGAGAGGAAAGAAAAGUUUCAAUUUGUUAGUACAGGAGGGGAAAAUUCAUGGUAUAAAUCAAAAAAUUUAGAUCAGACCAAAUUCACUGGUUUUUGAUAGCUGAAUAGUUGAUACAAUUGUUCAAGAGUUUUAUUGUUUUGUGGGUGACGAAUCAUGUCCCAGCAGCAAGUUGACGAAUUUGAUUAUAUGGCGGAUGAACAUGAUGUGGCUGAUUUGAUUGAUGAAGUAGAAGGAGAUUUCUAUGCUAGAGAGGAUGAGAAUUUAGGAAUGGAUGAGUAUGAUUUGCAACUUACCGAGAUUACUGAUACAUCAGCAGCCAGUGCUCGACGAGGCAAAGAUAUUCAGGGUAUUCCGUGGGAUAUAAUGAACGUAACAAGAGAGAAAUACCGGUUAACUAGACUGGAACAGUACAAGAAUUAUGAGAAUGUCCCUACUUCAGGGGAUUCCAUAGACAAGGAAUGGAAGUCAAAGGAUAAAGGUGGAAAUUAUUACGACUUCUUCUACAAUUCGAGGCUUGUGAAACCGACAAUAUUACAUUUUCAGCUACGAAAUCUUGUUUGGGCUACUUCAAAACAUAAUGUUUAUCUCAUGUCCAAUUAUCAAGUGAUGCAUUGGUCAUCAAUGACUAGAACUUUGUCCGAGGUUGUAAACUUUGCCGGCCAUGUCUCCCCAACCGAGAAACACAAAGGAAGCUUGUUGGAAGGUUUUACCCAAACUCAAAUCAGUACAUUAGCAGUCAAAGACAAACUCAUGGUUGCCGGAGGAUUCCAAGGAGAAUUAGUAUGCAAACGUCUUGAUAAACCUGGAGUCAGCUUCUGUGCUCGGACUACAUACGAUGACAAUGCUAUCACCAACGCUGUUGAAAUAUUUAACAGUGUGAGUGGCUGUUAUCAUUUUAUGGUGUCAAAUAAUGACUCUGGGAUACGGGAAUUCGAUAUGGAGAGAUUUCAGCUUUUAAAGAAUUUCUGUUUUCCUUGGCCUGUAAAUCACACAUCAAUUAGCCCAGAUCGAAAGCUCAUUGCUGUUGUGGGUGAUCAUGUUGACGGUUUGCUUGUAGAUUCACAAAGCGGAAAGGUGGUCUCCUCGGUGGAAGGACAUCGUGAUUUUUCCUUUGCAACCGCAUGGCAUCCAAACGGACGUGUUUUUGCUACUGGCAAUCAAGACAAAACAUGCCGAGUUUGGGAUGUGAGGAAGCUUUCAGAAUCAGUAGCGGUUUUAAAAGGAAACUUGGGCGCAACUCGAUCUAUCCGGUUUUCAUCGGAUGGAAAGUUCAUGGUUGCCGCCGAACCAGCCGAUUUCGUCCAUGUGUAUAGUACGCAAGACAAUUACGAGAAACGACAAGAAAUUGAUUUCUUCGGAGAAGUUUCUGGAGUAUCAUUGAGCCCUGACGACGAGUGUUUAUACAUUGGAAUAUGGGACAGGACUUACGCGAGCCUUUUACAAUACAACAGGAAGCACUCGUACCAAUACCUGGAUUCAUUCAUCUGAAUAACGGAAAUACUGCUCAAUUCAUUUCGCAAGGGUUUGAACUUUGAAGAUUGUUCGUUUAAGGUUCGACGACAUUUUAGAAUAAAGCAACCGGGUUGCAGGAUAUAUCCGUAGUAAAAGUAGUGAAGCGUUACAAGCGUACCUUAUAGAUGUGUACAGUUAGAGGUAUGCAACGAUACGUUUGCUGUAUCCCUACUCGUAUAAAGAAGAAAGAAAAACAUCCCCUCCCUUCUAUAUUUUCGUUACGUUUUAUCGCAUCUGCGUAAUGUAAAGUAACAGUUUACCAUUGUCUGAUCUUGUUUGGGAAGAACUGAACAUCUUUGACAGAUAUUUUGGAAUCGUUCUUCACCAGAAGAUUUGCAUUUGUCUGUUGAUAUUGGUUAUUUGUAGUAAUUUCCAUUUUAUAUGAUAUGAAUUAUGAACUUGACA